AAGGAAUUGCAGAUAAGCACAAUUUUCAUCUUUUAACAGGAAUAUCAGUGUACUCCAUAGCUAAUCCCUCUGAGAAGGUUUUAAUGAGCUUAAAACCGAUGGGUAAUGACGAGAUCACCUGGUCAUGGAAACGCAUUUUUGAAGAAGGGUAUUUGAGAUGGUCUGAAGAUAGCGCGGAAAUGGUUCCAAAUAUACUCUUAAAUUGA